AUACUCCUCGUAGGAAGGGUGUGGACAUACAGUAUUUGACAACAGAAUGACGGGAUAUGCUGCAGCAGCAGCAGCAGCAGCAGCAGCAGCAGCAGCAGCAGCACCUCCUCCCAAGAUGACGCCAAUGGAAUCCACUCACACCCACCAUCGCCUCUUCGACUUCGCUAAAGCUGCUCUCUUUAAGAUCUUCCUUUUCCCUUACGCUACAGUCUGCGAGUUGUUCUGCGGCCAAGUACCAGACGUAGACAAAUUCGACGAUGCUCUAAUUGGCCACUACAUUGGAAUUGAUGUGGAAAUGUCUGGAGUAAGCCAAGUUCAAGUGGCGUGGGAGAGUCAGCGUAAAGAUUAUACUUCACAGUUCAUUGAGCUUGACCCUUGCGAUGAAAAUUUGGCACCACAUUUGCUGGACAAGUGCAACACAGUUGAUAUUGUUUGCUGCAUGCAGCAUUUACAGAUAUGCUUCACGUCUGAAGAGAGAGCAAGGAUACUUCUACGUAACGUUUCGUCUUUGCUGAAACCAGGGGGUUACUUCUUUGGAAUUACUCCUGACUCCUCCAUGAUAUGGGCAAAAUAUCAGAAAAAUGUUGAAGCAUACCAUAACAGAAGUGGAAUGAAGCCUAACAUUGUACCAAACUGCAUUAGAUCAGAGAGCUACAUGAUUACUUUUGAACUAGAAGAAGAAAAGUUCCCAUUAUUUGGAAAGAAAUACCAGCUCAAGUUUGCUAGUGAUGUAUCUGCAGAAACACAUUGCUUAGUUCAUUUCCCAAGCUUUAUCAGGUUGGCUAGAGAAGCUGGUCUUGAGUAUGUAGAGAUUCAGAAUUUGACUGAGUUUUAUGAUGAUAACAGAGCUCAGUUUGGAAGCUUAAUUUUGAAAUUCGGUCCAAGUCUGGUGGAUCCUCGUGGAAGACUUGUUCCUCGCUCAUAUGAUGUGUUAGGUUUAUAUACAACAUUUAUUUUUAAAAAGCCGGACCCAGACAUGGCUCCUCCUAUUACAACUCCCGUAUUGCCGGAUGGACCUCAUAUUUAUGAUGAGAGAGAAUGGCAAGGAAAUACUUGGAGAGAAGAUGAUGUUAAUGGUACAACAGAGGCGCCUCCUGGUCUCGGCAAGAUUAGUGAUCAAAAGGGGAUUUUAGGUCCUGGCCCUGCUGAGUUACGCUUCCCGGAUGCCAUAUAACACCAACUCAACUCAACUCAACUUUGUUUAACUAUGGACUUGUCAUUUCGUCACCCUCAUCUGCACUCACAUAAACCUGCCAUUGUAAAAUUCAUAUGUAAAUAUUUUCUUUAUUAAUGGAUCUCCAUUUUGCUAA